ACUUUGGCGCAGUAUUCACGCGUCUAUUGCGCUUCGGACAUUUUAUUUGCUUAUUAUAAGUAGAAACGUGUUAAGUAUUUGUGACAAUUUUUAUAAGUUAAGUUUCGACAGGCAAAAGCGGAUUAAGUUGAAGGUUUUGUGAAAUUGAUUCUGUUUUGGAAGUUUGCGUGUCAACGGAUCGAUUGGUUUCUUAAUUGCUGACACAUUCAUUGGAAUCCUACUCGAAACCCAACAAUGACAUAAGCUGCCACAAGAUGGCGCUGAGACUUAAAAAAGACAUUAAGAAAGCGUCCUACUACGUGUGGUUCCUUGGCGCCCAGGAAUCACGGGGACUUCGUGGUGAGGAAUUCGCUGUACCUGCCAUACGCAUACUAGAAGAAAGGGCAAGGGAUUUGGAACCCUUCAAAGUCACCUUACAGGUCUCGCACAAAGGCCUCAAGAUAAUCCAGAAUGUGACGUCAAAAGGCAAGCAACAGACCAUCAAGCACUUCAUUCCUCACGGCAGCAUCACCAGUGCCGUGGUCCAGGGUGAUGUGGUGGCUUGUGUCCUGCUUCUCUACAACCCCAUCACUGGCUGUCCAGUCCAUGUUCAUGCUUACAGAUGUGAUUCAGACCACACGGCAGAAAUGCUCUUCACGCAUUUACUAGCUCUAAUAGAAAGACCAGAGAAUCAAAAGAAAUUCGCCGAUAUCGAAAGAAAACUCCAAAUGAGGGGCGCGUUGCCUUCGAAAAAGCCUCCAGAUUCAUCCCUGGGGAGCGAGGUGUCUCGCGAAUCCGACUCAGGAUCUAACGAAGAGAGAAGCGUCGCCAACCUGUACGACAGUUUGGCCGCUGAGUUAAAACAGAAGUUGUCAACAGGUAAAAAGGGAAUAGGCAAAAGUCCAAUCCUACUUCCACCGAGAGACUAUGACACAGUACACAGACAGAAGGGAAAUCUCAGCAACAUCGAUACCAGGCGCUGCUUGAACCAGAACAUUGUGGGCGUCAAUGCCAGACGUAAGCUGGAGUCUUCUGGCGGUAGUUCUGGGAUAGGAAGUGACCUGGCUCCAUCACCUGAGAGGAAUGAUUACAGGCCACACGAUAACCAUAGUACUAGUGAGGAAGAUUGGGCUGAAAGCACGGCGUACAUGAUGCAUGAAGCGUUCGACGCUUCACCUCGUCGGGCACAGUCACCCCGUCGGGCACAGUCUCCCCGCCGAGCAUCUCCCCGCCGUGCGUCUCCACCGCGCAGAGCCCUCUCACCCCGCAAUUUCGAUAGAACACCCCACUUCAACGAUGACUUUACUGAACAGUACCGCGAUCAAUUAGCACCUUUCCGCGAAGCCACCUUCGAGCGCAGAUACAGACACGAAUCUCUCGAAAGGGCUAAUAAAGAAAAAGCAGAUAAAUUCACUGAUGAAACGCAACAUUACAGGCGACGAUACAUUCCUGAUACCAAGCCCUCCAAUAAGAGUAUGGACAGGGCAGAAGACCGUCGCUUUGGUAAGCUACAGCGUGGAGCUAGUGAGGGCAGCUUGAAACUGGCAGAAGCUUCGCCGAAAGAAAGAUUUAACGUAGCUAAGGAGAAGUUCAUGAAUCUGGAAAGGGAGAGAUUCAACAGAGAGCUCGAAGCCCACAUGGCUUUGAGAAGGAGCAUGUUAGAACGUAACAGUCGCUCCACUUCUUCCCCAGAGGAAGAAAGGAGAGAUGAGCGUCAGGAACGUCACAGAGACAGCUCUCGUAAAGAGGACCGUUCACACAGAGAUGUGGAAACGCACAGAGAGCCCGAACGACGUAAAGAAGACAGAGUGCGUGAGCAUGGAAUAAGUGAAUUGGCUCACAGAGAGAUUGAAAGGCUACCUCGUAUUGGUAGGAAACGUGACGAUUUGAAACGAUUUGAGUAUGGAACUGAAGAGUAUCUGAACCGAGUGGAGCCUAAACCUUUGAGGGAAGAUUAUGACAGAUACCGCGAACGCCGCGACAGACGUGACUUGGACCGUCACGUUGAAGAUGAAGAUGCCAUUGAACCUGUUGUUGAGGAAAGAAGAAAAGAUUGGACGGAUAGACAGAGAGCAUUCAGCCGUUCACGGCUUUUAGAUGAUCAAAGACAGUCGUACGCGGAAGGAGAUAGGGACAGAUUCUACGAAAGAGAUUUCCGAGAUUUCCGCGACCUGGCUGAUAGACCACAGAGCAAAUUUCGACACAGUUAUGCUGAGCCAAUACCCCGCGGCCGACUCGGAACCGUAAGACCUUACUAAAUGCCAUAAUAGAUAGUCUGAUUGAAUGAUUAACACAUUAUUAUAUCAACGAAAUAUAUUAUAUUAUAUAAAUACAAACUCUCGACACUAAAUUCCAUUGAUUGUAAACUACAAACUUGGUUUUUAGUAAAAUAUUGUUUUAUUUGUUGAAAUUUAUAAGAAUAUAAAAUAAAAUUUAUAUUGUGAACAAAAGCGUUAUGUACUUGCUGUAAAAAUAAUUGUUAUAACUAGUCUGUUAAUGGUACCAUUAUAUAAAAUUAGACUCUACUACAGAGUGUGAAAGCUCAAAAUACUCAAACGGUCACACAUGCAAUGUUAUUUAUUAUAUCUGUAAAUAGUUAAAUUAUAUAAACACAUAAAAUAACAAUCUAUAAUAAAAAGGACCUCCGUUAUAUUCUUAAAUAUAUAAUGGUAUUAAUAAUAUCAAUAUAUUAUUUUUAUGAAAACUAUAUUAAAAUAAAAAUGACUAUAAGCAAAUAUAUGUUUAUAUUGAGCAAUUGUUUAAAUCUUCUUAAAAAUAAUAAAAAAUAAAGCAUUUCUAAGCAAACUAGUAUAUUUUGAUAUGCCAGUUUUGUUCUGCUAUAUAAGUAUAACGCUAAGAAGUAGGUAUUAUAUUAUGGUCUUUAAAGGAAAUGUUUUAUAUACUUGAUCGUCAAAGAUUGUCCUGAAAUCAGCAAUCGACCUGAAGCAACUGAUAUAAAUAUAUGUCGGUUGGAAAUAAGACUUAUCAAGUGAGAAAGGUAUAAACUAUAGUGAUUUUGUUUCCAAAAACUGCACGCGAUUAAAUAAUAUAUAAUAUUUUUCUAUAUACAUUCUGUGUGUAUAAUAAUAGGUACCUGCAUAAUGUACACUAGUUCGUACAUCACUGAUUUUCUCAUAACAUUAGUUAACGAUAUAUUUAUAGUCGAAUAUUAUAUUAGAUAUCAUUUAAAUUUGACCUCUUUGUGUAGUUGUGACGAUUACAAUGCAAUACUGCUAGUUCGUUUAUAAAUGCUUUCAAAUAAGAUACGUUUUGUUAAACUUAUUUCAUUAUUUGUUACUCGCAAUUAUAUCUAAAUGACUUCAAAAAUUAUUAACGCAGUAAAUUGCUAGACAAGGCAAUAACGUUCUAUACAUAUUAUAUGGACAUGUCAUUCGCAGUAUGAUAGCAAAACGGCAAAACUGUGUUUAAACACAAUGUUAGCACACUGUUCACCUUAUUUGUGUGUCAACUGUCACUGUCCGCAUCGAACUUAAACUAAAUAAAUGUUUUACAUUGCUGCUUAUUGACGAAGAAUACUUUAAACAAUUGGAGUAAAUGCGGCAAUGUAUAGAUAUCUGCAGUCGACGCUUAGCAUGGGGCAAUUUGUGGUAUGUUUGAUAUUUCGGAGUUGUGUUUAAUACGAGCAUGUAUAGAAUGUCAAUGAGACAAGGCAUAAAACAAAGCCAGUGACAAUUAAUUACCCUUGUUGUAUAUUACAGACGACUUUUACAAUAAAUUUGAUUAAUAAAAUAAA